AUGGCUUUUCAGGAAGAUAAGAACUGUCAGUUUUUUAACUUCCCAAAGGAAGAAGAAAAGGUUAGCGAACUUUGGGAUGAUAUAGACGCAUUUCAAAGAACCUUGGAACUUACCAAAGAUUUACCAUCAUUUUCCUUUUACGAUGGUCCUCCUUUUGCCACAGGUCUUCCACAUUAUGGUCAUCUUCUCACGUCUACCGUGAAAGAUAUUGUUCCCCGUUAUGCGACAAUGAACGGCCACUACGUUGAAAGACGAUUUGGAUGGGAUACUCAUGGUUUACCAGUUGAACAUGAAAUUGAUAAAAAAUUGGGUAUUACUGGUAAAGAGGAUGUCAUGAAAAUGGGAAUUGAUAAGUAUAAUGCUGAGUGUAGGUCUAUUGUUAUGAGAUACGCCGACGAAUGGCGUAAAUCAGUCAAGAGAAUCGGUAGAUGGGUAGACAUGGACCACGACUAUAAAACUUUGUAUCCAGAAUUCAUGGAAACCGAAUGGUGGGUCUUUAAACAGCUUUUUGAUAAGGGCGCUGUGUAUAGAGGCUAUAGAGUGAUGCCUUAUUCGACAGGCUGUACUACUCCAUUGUCUAAUUUUGAAGCGCAGCAAAACUAUAAAGACGUCAAUGACCCCGCUAUCACCGUAGGCUUCCCAUUAGUUGAAGACGAAAAUACUUGGUUAAUUGCUUGGACGACUACUCCUUGGACACUCCCUGCGAAUUUGGCUUUAGCUGUUAAUCCCACAUUUGAAUAUGUGAAAAUAUUCGACGAACAGAAGCAAAAGAAUUUCAUUUUGCUCGAAUCUUUAUUAACAACGUUGUAUAAGAAGCCAUCAGCAGCUAAGUUCAAGAUUGUUGAAAGAAUAAAAGGGAAAGAUUUGGUGUCCAAGAAAUAUGUUCCAAUAUUUCCUUAUUUCUAUGAAAGUUUUAAGCAUCGUGCUUUUAAAGUUAUAGGAGCAGACUAUGUUACAAAUGACUCAGGUACAGGUAUUGUUCACCAGGCUCCGGCUUUUGGUGAAGAGGAUUUCAAUGCUGCAACCAAGGCUGGUAUCAUAGACGAAAAGGAGCAUGCUCCCAACACAGUAGAUGACAGGGGAUGUAUAACGAAUGACGUUCCUGACUUUGCUGGACUUUAUGUCAAAGAUGCAGAUAAAGUUAUUAUUAAAAAGUUAACUGAGAACGGAAGACUACUUGUAAACAGUCAGAUUAGACACUCGUAUCCCUUUUGUUGGAGAUCAGAUACCCCGUUGAUAUACCGAACGGUUCCAUCAUGGCAUGUCCGUGUUACUGAUAUAGUUCCUGAUAUGUUAAAAAAUGUCGAGAAAACGAAUUGGGUUCCACUGAAUGUUAAGGAGAAGCGAUUCUCGAACUGGAUUGCUAAUGCAAGAGAUUGGAACGUAUCUAGAAACCGUUAUUGGGGUACUCCUAUUCCCUUAUGGGCUUCUGAGGAUUAUGAAGAGAUUAUCUGUAUUGGUUCCCUUCAGGAAUUGAAAGAUUUAACCGGGGAUCAAUCAAUCACUGACAUGCACCGUGAUAGUAUCGACCAUCUCACGAUUCCGUCCAGAAAAGGUAAUGGUAUGUUGAAACGUGUUGAAGAAGUGUUUGAUUGUUGGUUCGAGUCUGGAUCAAUGCCUUAUGCGUCAAAGCAUUAUCCAUUUGAGAAAAAAGAUCAAUUCAUGGAUUCUUUUCCUGCUAAUUUUAUUUCCGAAGGUUUGGACCAAACCAGAGGCUGGUUUUAUACUUUAACUGUAUUGGGAACUCAUCUUUUCAAUACUGCCCCAUACCAAAAUGUGAUAGUAUGUGGUAUAGUUUUAGCAGCAGAUGGUAAGAAAAUGUCAAAGAGAUUGAAAAAUUAUCCAGACCCACUGAUUAUUUUAAGCAAGUACGGGGCUGAUGCAUUAAGACUUUACUUGAUCACAUCUCCAGUGUUGAGAGCUGAAACUUUGAAGUUCAAGGAAGAAGGUGUUAAAGACAUAGUAUCUAGUGUUCUUUUACCGUGGUACAACUCUUACAAGUUUUUGAAAGAUUCUGCUGAUUUAUACAAAAAAGAGAAUGGUGAAGAAUUCAAAUAUGAUCCGAGCGUGAUCUCUUCCAACGUUAUGGAUAGAUGGUUAUUAGCUUCUAUUCAAUCUUUGAUUAAAUUCAUUCACACAGAGAUGAAUGCUUAUCGGUUGUAUACGGUUGUACCAAAAUUAUUGUCCCUAAUUGAUCAGUUAACAAAUUGGUACAUCAGGUUCAAUCGUCGUCGUAUUAAAGGGUAUUCGAGCGAUGAUACGAAGGAUACCAAAUGUGGGCUUAAUACUUUGACCGAAGCAUUGUUUACUUUGUCGAGAGCUAUGGCUCCAUUCACUCCUUUCUUGGCCGAUAACAUUCAUCAAAGAAUGCUAGUCUAUUUCGAGGAGAAAGAUUUAACUAUUCACAGCAUUAAUAGCAAUAAGCAGGAUGUGAGAUCCGUACAUUUUAUGUCGUAUCCUGUCGCUAAGGAAGAGCUUUUUGAUAGAGCUAUUGAGAUAGCUGUGUCAAGGAUGCAGAAGGUAAUUGAGUUGGGUCGUAAUAUUAGAGAGAAAAAGAACAUCUCGUUGAAGACUCCUUUAAAAGAGCUAGUUGUUUUACAUUCCGAUCCUGGAUAUUUGAGAGACAUCGCAUCUCUUAAAGACUAUAUUGCUGACGAGCUUAAUGUCAGGACUGUGACAAUAUCUUCAGAUGAAGCUAAAUACGGAGUUGAGUAUGUCGCGGUUGCUGAUUGGCCAACUUUAGGUAAGAAGUUGAAGCAGGAUUCAAAGAGGGUCAAGGCCGCAUUACCCAAUGUACCAUCGGCGGAAGUUCAAAAGUAUGCUGACAGUGGAAAAAUAACCGUCGAUGGAAUUGAUUUAGUAGCUGGUGAUCUCCAGGUUCAACGUGGCUUGCCUUCGAAAGAAGUUGCCGAGGGUCACGAAGCUAGAUCUCUGCAAGAUGUUUUAAUCAUCUUAGAUGUGAAAUUGCAUCCCGAAUUGCAAGGGGAAGGUUUAACCAGAGAGCUUAUAAACAGAAUACAAAGAUUACGUAAGAAGGCAGGGUUAAACAAUACUGAUGAUGUUCAAGUUGAGUACAAUUUGAUUCGUGAUACAAUAGAUUUUGAAAAUGUUAUCAAGUGUAAUGAAGAUUUGUUGUUGAAAUCUACGAAAAGACCCUUGUCUCCAUUUUCUUCUACAGAAAACAAGAAUGUUAUUGCAGAAGAAGAACAAGCUAUUAAUGAUACCAUUUUUGAUUUGAGAUUAUUGAAGCUUUAG